GAUACGAGUCAUCCGAUAAACUCAAAAGUCGGUGAGGAGUGAGGAUCACGCGCAGGCUUUGCGACGAGCCAGCGAAACCACUGCAAGCUCAACAGCCGGCGCGAGAGUGAGCGAGAGAGAGGAAUGUGGCGAAGGAGCUGUUGUACCAGCAGCAACAGUGCCUGUGUUGCCACACGCACCUUGAAGGAGAAGAAAUGGGACGCUUUGGUGAUCGGCGGUGGUCACAACGGCCUAACGGCCGCCGCCUACUUGGCCCGCUCCGGCCUCUCUGUGGCCGUCCUGGAGCGCCGUCACGUCAUCGGUGGCGCGGCCGUCACUGAAGAACUCAUUCCUGGCUUCAAGUUCUCCCGCUGUAGCUACCUCCAGAGCCUCCUUCGCCCUUCUGUCAUCAGGGAGCUAGAAUUAGCGAGGCAUGGAUUAAAGUUGCUCAAGAGGAAUCCUUCAUCAUUUACGCCUUGUCUCGAUGGACGUCAUCUGCUUCUAGGGCCUGAUAAAGACCUUACUUGUUCCGAGAUUUCAAAGUUCUCUAAACUCGACGCCGAUGCUUAUCCCAGAUAUGAGAAUCAGCUUGAGAACUUUUGUAAAUUCAUGGACUCACUUUUGGAUUCACCUCCUCCUGAAAUAUUGCAAGACAUUUAUUCAUUUAGUGAUCGGCUAAUGAAUAAAUUACAGAGAUCAGCUUAUUGGGCUCAUUGUCUGCGACAAGCUUUCUCCUUGGGGCAGAAAGACAUGGUGGACUUUAUGGACCUUCUAUUUUCCCCAGCAUCGAAGGUUUUGAAUAACUGGUUUGAGACAGAUGUUCUCAAAGCAACUCUUGCAACAGAUGCUGUGAUUGGUACAAUGGCUAGUGUCCACACGUCGGGGAGUGGAUAUGUUCUGCUACACCAUGUGAUGGGAGAAACUGAUGGGGAUCGUGGUAUUUGGUCGUAUGUUGAAGGUGGGAUGGGUUCAGUAUCUUUGGCUAUUUCCAAUGCUGCUAGUGAAGCUGGGGCCAAUAUUGUAACAAAUGCAGAGGUUUCACAGUUGAUGAUUGAGAACUUUGGAACUGUUAAUGGGGUAUUGCUGGCUGAUGGGACAUGGGUGCAUUCUUCGGUUGUUUUGUCAAAUGCAACCCCUUAUAGAACUUUCAUGGAGCUGGUGCCUGAGAGUGCUCUUCCUGAUGAUUUUCUUCGUGCUAUUAAGCACUCUGACUAUGGAUCUGGAACUACAAAAAUUAACCUAGCGGUUGACAAAUUGCCACAGUUUCAGUGCUGCAAGUUUAGUCAUCCUGAGGCAGGUCCUCAGCAUAUGGGUACCAUUCACAUUGGUUCUGAGAGUAUGGAGGAGAUUGAUUCAGCUUGCCAAGAUGCUUUGAAUGGGUUACCAUCACGAAGACCAAUUAUUGAGAUGACAAUUCCUUCUGUAUUGGACAAGACCAUUUCCCCACCAGGCAAGCAUGUGAUUAACCUGUUUAUUCAGUACACCCCUUACAAACCCUCUGGAGGUAGCUGGGAGGAUACUGCAUAUCGAGAAUCAUUUGCAGAAAGAUGUUUCAGCCUGAUCGAUGAAUAUGCCCCAGGCUUUAGUUCAUCAAUCAUUGGCUACGACAUGCUGGCUCCACCAGAUCUUGAGAGGGAGUUUGGUCUCACAGGGGGGAAUAUCUUUCACGGUGCUAUGGGAUUGGAUUCUCUCUUCCUCAUGCGACCUGUAAAAGGAUGGUCAAAUUAUAGAACACCACUGCAAGGGCUUUAUUUGUGCGGGAGCGGUGCUCAUCCAGGUGGUGGCGUGAUGGGUGCGCCUGGACGCAACGCUGCUCAAGUGGUUCUGCAGGAUCUUAAGAAGAAAUUGAGCUGAUUGGCAUAGUUUUACAGGUCCUAAAUUCAGUUCAACACCAGUUUUAAGUGCUUUUGUUGACUCUGCGUGUGCUGUUCCUCCAAAAAAGUUUGUGCCAAGGGAUUGUGAAAAUUCAUCAGGAAGACAUGCAGGCUACCGUUGGGCUGCCCAGUGGCCUGAGUUCCAAUUGCUAGGCUGGCUUUCCGGGACAAACAAAAUAUGUUGGGGAUGCCCCAUUAUUAGUCCACAAGGCAUUUUAAGAAAGAACAGAACUGACUCGGCCUUGGCAUGAAACAUAUUGGCCAUGACCCUACAUCUUAUUUCUCUUCUUCUUUCCACUCUUAAACCAAACAAUAUAGAUUUUAUUUUUAAUUUGAUUUCAUUUUGUCCUUCAA